UCAUCUGCGUUAUAUACACGAACAUUCGAAUUGAUUUUGGUGCAAAGAAACGCUCCAAGCGGAGCCAGCAAGAGCUAGAGAGGUGAAUGACACCCACCCCCUGAACAAUGGAUGCGCCGUAUUGACUUCGCUGGCCUAGAGGAUAAUUUGGGGCGGUUGUUGAUUGUUUAUCUAUCGUAAACCACCUUGUUUUAUUCCACGUGCUUUUCCGUUGCUAUUCCGGAGUAAAUGAUGGAGUCACUUGUUACCGAUCUACGGAAAUAUUUCAUAUUUUAGCCGUGAUUUGGUUUGUAGGUCUUGUAUCUUCUUUUCUUGGACCUAAAUCCUAUUCGACUGGGCAUCUUCCCUUGAAAUUUUCAGCGGGGUGUUGGUCCGAAUGGUGGUAUCCUAGCUUCGGCGCGACCCGCAGCUGCAGGGGCUGUUCAGGGUCUGCGAUCAGUGCAUUGUGCCCGGUUUGUGCUUACUGACUGGGUGAUUUCAAUGUAUUGUAGAGGCUAAAACGCUGCUGGAUUGCAUUCAACAAAGGACACUUGCAGAUUGGGUCGUGAAAUUUAUUUUUAGAGAAAAUGCCGCUUUCUUUUGAGAGACGUUGGAGCUUGGAUAGAAGGAAAGAUGACAAAAAGGAGGAUAAGAAAGAUGACAAGAAGGAUGAUAAGAACAAAGAUAAAGAUAAAGAGAAGAAGAACAAGAAGGAAAAGAAAAAGUACAAGACUAAAUUAGAGCGUAACGAAUCGCUUGAUGUUUACGCCGUACAGUCACACGCGACAAGGAACCUGCAGGACGCGGCAGCGUGGCGCCACUGACUGACGACUCCUCUGACAGCUUGCGGAAAGUUUAAGGCCUGCAAAUUGAGGAGAAUUCAGCCUAGAAAGGAAGGGAAGUGGAAAAAGAGAAGAGACACAGAUUUGCAUUUUUUUGUAGUGGUUGCGUGAGAUCGGAGACUACUGGGAAAACUUGAUAGUGCAAGAGGUUAUCUGUACGUCUCUUCUCUGAUAGUGAUGCAUUUUGCAAUACCCUAACGGUAUACCAAUGCACUUUAACUGCUGUAUUUUGUAGUAGAAAAGUUGGUU